CGAAGGGCGGGCGGCGAGUCUCGCAGUCAGUCGCGUCCAACGCGCCUCGCUCUCGUAUCCUCGUCACGCCGAAGUACGCUCCUGGCGUCGAUAUGUUUCGCGUGUGUUGCUUAAUCUUGUUCUUAGUGGCAGAUACCCGACAACUAUCCAUAACAAAGUUCGCCGUUCCACAAUCGGUAGAAGUAGGACAUAAUGCUGAAUUGCGAUGUGAAUACGAUUUAAAACCAGAAGAGUUAAAAAAAGUGAUAUUUGUAAAAUGGUGGUGGAGACCUUUUGGAGAAGAUAAACAACAGAUAUACCAACGAACUGUUGGCCAGCCUGCAAAAUCUACACAGCAUACAAUAGAUAUGCAAAUCAAGGAGAACGAUACUCUGGUGCUAUUGAACAUACACCCUAACGCUUCCGGAAUCUAUGAAUGUGAAGUAUCAAACAUAGAAGAGGUUCGUAAAGAACAGGAGUUAAUUGUGUACGCUAAAGGUACUGGACCUAGGUUAGACAUAACCGAUGUUGCAGUCGGUCCUGGAGAAGAAAGCGUCGAAAGGAGUUUAUUGGAAUGCGCAGCGUCACAUGUAGCUCCACUACCGGACUUAAAAAUAACAAUUAACGAAAAAGAGAUAAACGUAACCAAAAAUAUUAAAAAGAGUGACGACGAUGGAUUGUAUGACAUUUUUGCUAAUACAACAAUAGAAAAGAAUUUAGUUGUUGGUGCAUUAUUAGCAUGCCAGCUUUCUUAUACAGAUCUCAAUAUUACGGGCGAUGAUUUUGUAGACUUCAUACUUUAUGAUAAAACAGGUGAGCUGACAUCCACGGAGAUGCCCGAGGACAGUACCGACCUGAGCGCCAGUAAGCCAGUAUCAUUGCAAAAUGCCUCUGAUGACGCUAGCCAACUCUGCACAUCGGGGAUUUUCCUAUUUUGUGUACUUAUUUUAAGUAAUUUAUUAUCUACCAAAUAAUUAAUGUAAAUAUACAAAUUAAUGAUACUUUUUUUAAAUUUUUAAUAAAUUUAUUGUACA